CUCCACUUGUCAUCGGCCCGGUUAAACAGCGUAGCGUAACUGAAAAAAGAUCGCAUCGUCCACGUCGCGGUGUGUGAUUACGCGGGAUCCAGCGCUCCACCCCCUCAUUGUCCUUCCUUCCUUCCUUCCUUGCUUUCUUGGAACGCGGCUUGCAAUCCCCUGUACCGUUGGACGAUGUAACCUGACACAUAUAUCGCCGACAAUUCGGAUCAUAGAGUUUGUACCGCGCUCAUAUAUUGCCGCCACGUCGCGCGGUGCUCAUUUUUCACGGACUGUCGAUCCUCCUGGUAACUGAAGCGUGCCCUGGCCGGCCACAGCCCCUCCGACAGAUCGUUGCCGAGGAAUCAAGAGCGCAUCAGUUAGCUCGCGGUCGCGGUUGCUCGCUGUUGCACUCCGUCACCUGCCAACGAUAAUUUGCAUUUCCAAAAACAAUUCGGAAUAAUGGAUGAUUAAGGAGAAGAGUGAUGGUGUGGCCGGUCAACGACGGUCGUGAUCAAGAAGAUCGUGCAACCGGAGGUAUUUUUGAACGUUUCGAGGAUGUGAAUUGAGAGGCGGCGUGUUUGUAAAUCGUGGAGGACGUGGAAUGAACUCGGGACGAUGAAAUCGAGAGUGAAUCUAGUCGCGAUUCUGUUGACUUUGGGCUGCGUGGCGCGCGUAUUGGAAGGAUUGAAGAGUGACGAGAAGCAUGCGAGUCAGAAGGAGUAUCCACUUGGGAGGAAGAUCGUGAAGGAGGUUCAUAACAAAGUCGCGUCAUCUCAAAGCGCGGCUCUUCUGCGGGUAGAAGAUAAAACUAAAAUUGUGAAGAGCAAGAAUACCGGUUUCGGUUUGUCGAAAGAUUACUCUCGUGAAUCAGACCGUCCUCGCCGAAAGAAGCGAAAGAUGGACCGCACGAUGAUGGCGUUGCUGAUGGCGUACAAAUUGAAAUUCGUCGCUCUGAUUCCAACGCUGGUCGGAGGGCUGAUCUUGUUAAAAGCUACCGCGCUACUCGCAGGCUUCUUCUUCGCGCUGUUCGCCGCGGUUCUCGGUCUGAAAGUGAAGUGAACGAACCUAUCUCACAGCGUGAUUUAUUACAAAAGUGUGGGCCGAUAUAAUACUGAUUUCGGUAAAACUGAUCGCCGACUGUCGCGGCUGUUUCGAGGUUAUGAUCACGUGGAUGCGCCGCACGCGCAUGCGCAAUGUACAACUGUGCGGCGACCCACGUGAUCUUAGAUCGAAGAUUUAGGCGUAAGAAUUGUAACAUAUCAUAUAUGUAUCUCGUUAUCUGGUGUAGUUGAAGAAUAAGCGUUGGAAAUGAUUUAAAAAAAGAACCGUUGUGUCUUCCUUAUUCACGUCGAUUAUUCGCGUCUCUUUAUUCGAUCUCAGGCUCGAUCCAUCCAUGGAGGAGUCUGUUACAAAA